AUGAAGGUGGGGGGCAAUGACAAGUGCAAGUCCUACUUUGAAGAACACAACUUGCCAUCGGAUUCCACAUUGAAGGAACGUUAUACCUCGGAUAUCGCCCAGCAUUACAAAAAAGUGGUGGCGGCUGCUUCCAAGGGAGAAGCUCCACCUGCAGUACCACCGGCAAGAAGAACGGACAACGGGUCAACGACAGAUGGCGAAUCAUCCAUGUCUCUGGAAAAGAUCACGCGACUGGAUGAGCCAAUGACAUACUCUCAAGCGUAUGCUCCGUACUUGGGUUUUCUGAUUGCCUUUUUGACCCAAAGCCUCGUUGUACCUACCAUUGGUAUUCCAUACGUGGCAUUGGGCAUUGCAACAUACUUUGUCGCGCCGGAUCAUGAGUUGCUCCGACAUGUUUGGUGGGCCUCGUUGGUGCUGCCACCCGUUGCCAUCUUGGGACUGUAUGCCUCUGCACUCCGUAUCUUUGUCCAGAAUCGUGAGCCUGCCUUCAAGUCGGCCAACAAUCUCUUGUGGGAACGGAUUCAAACUGGCCGGGCCAAACGAUUGGAUGGAUACGAUAUUUAUCUACCAUUCAACAAGACUGAAUCAUCCAAUUCCUCCAAACAAGGUCUCAUUUUCGUUCCUGGUGGUUUGGUCAGUCAUACUGCGUACGCUCCAGUAGCUGCCAAACUAAGCGAUGCCGGAAUUUUGGUCGUUGUCAUGUCGUUGGAACCAACACGGCUCCCCAUGGAUGUCUCGUCCUGUCACAAGCGAGCCCUGUUGGUCAUGUACGAAGUCCUCACUUUGGGACUGGACAUUUCGGUCGACGAAUGGAAUUUGGGGGGUCACUCGGCUGGAGCCAGCAUGGCCUUGGUGUUGGCGGCCAAAAUGACGCCCAGCAAACUAGUUCUGUGUGGGAUUGCCCGAGAUGAUUUGGGCGUAUCGCCCAAAUUCAAGACAGCGGCAACACAAGUACUGGUAAUGAACGGUUCCGAGGAUCCCUUUUUACAAGAAAAGACCAAGGAGCAAUGGCAAGCAUUUCAAAAUUUGCUGCCUCCAGAAACGGACCAAGUGAAAACAGAAAAAAUGGGUGGGACGACAGAAUAUGUCACGAUUGAAGGAGGCAAUCAUUCUGGCUUUGCUCAUUAUGGUCCUCAAACAUAUCCUAAAAAAGAUGGUAUUCGCAAGAUCACCAUGGAAGAACAACAAGAUGCCUUUCUGAAAACGACAAUCGAGUUCUUGUUAGCGACACCACACGACGGCAAAAAGAAGGACUAG